AUGGCACAAGAAAUUUUAGUUCCUAUAGCACAAGAAAUUUUAGCUCCUAUGGCACAAGAAAUUCCAGUUUAUACAAUACAAGAAAUUCAGGUUUUUGCUAUACAAGAAAAAACCUUAAUUAUUGCAUUGCAAAAAACUCAAGCUUCUGUGACUCCAAUUUCUGGUCAAUUUCAAAAACAAAAUAGAAGAAUUUCUAAAUCUUAUAUUCAAAAUAAUUUAUCUCUGUAA